AUGUCCGACGACGAUCAACCCCAGACCUUAAAAUCAGUCUUCGCAUCCGCAGAGAAGAAGCGGCACACCCUCGAGAACUCUUACGAGGCUUCUUCUCCCACCUACCACGAUGACUUGCGCACCGCAAUCGCCGAGUACGAGGCCUGCCUCGAGAUCGUCUCUCGCGCCGCCCUCUUCUCCCCCAACGAGUUCCUUGAGGAUCUUCCGACCUCAUCUCUGCCAUACCUGAUGAUCACAUCUCAUCUCGCCGACCUGCAUCAGAAGGCUCCCUCCCGCCGCCCCAUCGAGCGCCGGGUCAAUCUCGAGCGCGCCCGCGAGUCCUACGAGACCUUCCUCGGACUCCUCGACUCCUACGACCUCCUCAGCGAGGACAACAAGAAGCUGUACUCACGGUACACGGACGACUCCGUCGCAUUUUCCACCCUGGGAGGCGUCGACCCCGCGAAGCGCCGCGACACCAAGAUUGCCAACUUCAAAGCCGAGCGGGCGCUGAAGCAGCGGCUCGAGACGCUGCGUCGCGACCCCCGGUACCAGGACGAUGAGGGCGACGACGAGAUUGUGCGGGACCUGCACCUCGCGCACGCCGCGUAUGCUACGCACAUGGCGUUUCAGGGCCUGGAGGGCAUCAACCGCGAGCUGGAGGUUUUGGCGCAGGCCACGGUACCGCUGAUGCCGUCUCCGACUUCUGUCGAGGAGGACAACCGCCGCCGCGCCGAGAGUCGCACUGCCGAAGGCUUCACAGACCGACUGGAAGCGCCGCGCCGGCUGCACAGCAUGUUCGGUCAGCCAGGCGGCCCUUUGCUGACGAAGGAGGGCAAGCCACUGCAGCCAUUCACCCUCGUGGGCAAUAGGCAGGAGAUGGCCGCCAACGUGUUCCGGCCCGGUCACAACCUGCCGACGAUGAGCAUCGACGAGUACCUGGAGGUAGAGCGGGAGAGAGGUGGUAUCAUCGAGGGCGGGGGUGACGCGAGCUGGCACCGGCCAGAGCCGGAUGAGGACGACUUUGACAAGGCGGACGAAGAGACGAUGAAGGCGAGAGCCUGGGAUGAAUUCGUCGAGGCGAACCCCAAGGGCUCAGGAAACACGCUGAAUCGGGGCUGA